CUCUCGUCUGCGAAUGAAGCUGGAUGUAGCGAUGGCAGUGGGGGACAGAUGGCGGCCGUUUCCGCCGCUGUGCCUCAUCUUGCUGUGGGUGAUCUCCGCCCAUGCCUUUCGAGCACCUGUUGGCGGCUUCGGUGGCGCAUCACUGAGGUCAAGAGCAGCGCCUGCAUCACCCAUCACAGUGCCAUCAAGAUCCCUCUCCCCACCUGCCCCCCGUCGAGUGCUGCUCUUCGCAAAGUCAUCAGAGGUGAGGACGGGACGGACCACUGCACAAAGAGCGAGCGUGCAUCAUGAACAAGGUGCUUGGUGGUGUGUGUCUGCAGGCUGAUCAGCCGAAGGACGAGCCAGCAGCAAAGGCAGAAUCACCAGCUGCUGAGCCAACUGCAGAGGCCAAUGUACCAGCCGCUGAACCAGCUGAAGAGAAAGAGGCGGCGGCUCCUGAGGAGGCGCUAUCGGUGGCCGAGGAGCCUCCAGUAGUGACGGAGGUCAUCGCAGAGGUGGCGGAAGAGCCGCAGCCGGAGGAGGAAGUGCCCGAGGUGGCAGCUGUGGAAGAGGCGGUUGCCGAUGAGAGUGCUGAGAGCGAGAGUGAGGUGCAGGAGGUGUCUGAGUUGGACGAGGCUGCUGCCGCUGCAGUGGCCGCUGCCGAAGAGGGGGGCGAGGAGGAGCUGUACGAGGAGGUCAACCCCAUGAGCUGGCCAGAGAACAAGUACCUCAGGAUCGCCAUCAGGGGAUACACUAAGGUGUGUCAGUCAUAUAGACAGCCAGCGCAAGCAACAAACACAUCACCACCGCACCGCACACUGCUCAUCGUCAUGACCCGUUUGUGACCGCACCGCCUGGCCUGGCUGUGCUGUGCUGGUUGUGUUGUGUGCUGUGCAGGUGGACAUGAACACGGUGACGGAGAGGAUCCUGGAGGCCGUCAACAAGAUCGACGGCCUCAGAGCAAAGGGGCCACACUUCUGCAAGACAAGAAGGAAACGGUCGGUCGGCAUACAAUACAUACAUGUGUAUCACAUAUACACACACAUACAGCCUUACCACUUGGUCUGUCUGCACUCGUGUGUCAUGUCAUGUGAUGUGUGCAGGUUCUGUGUGUUGAGGUCGCCUUUCGUCAACAAGGAUGCACGAGAGCACUUUGAGAUCAACUUCCACAAGAGGUUCAUCGACAUCUACCCUGAGGGGGAAGGACGUAAGCCACCAAUGCAACCGGCAUGCACUGCGCCCGCGGUAAUGACUUUGCGUGCAUUUGUGGUCGCUGUGUGCAGCCAAGGUGAUCGCCGACUUUCUGGACGUUGAGCUGCCCGACGCAGUCGGUGAGGAAUGCGCACAAACCUUCACACACACAUGUAUGUGUAUUGAUUCGUGUCCCUUGGGUCCGCCGUAAUCUGUCUGUGCAGCGGUUGAUGUGCGUUUCGAGGACACGCGCAAGCCCCUCCGGCAGAAGCAGAUCCACAAGCAGUUCCGUGAUAGGUGGACGUCCAAGUACAUGGAGUACGAGUGGGACUUUCCCAAGAAGAAGGCCGUCAUCGAUGAGAUCCUCUCGCCCGAGCUCAUCGACUCCAUCCCCAUCAAGAUGUUCCCAGGCAAGAACUUCCACAUCCUCAAGAGGUUCCCGCUGCAGGAACUUGAGAGCAACCUCGACAAGUGAGUGAGACAUGAGGCAGGCACACCACAGACCCACCGACACACCGACCCACCGGCGGACAGGACAGGCAGAGUGGGAGGGAGGGAGGGAGGGAGGGAGGGAGGGAGACAUUCGUAUAUUCGGUCAUUCUGUAUGUAUGUAUCGUGUUGUUUGUGCACUUUAGGAUAAAGGAGAACAAGAAGUUCUGGGAGGACUUCUAUGCGAGGAAGGAGCGGCAUCUCACCAAGGCCGACCGUGAGGCGGGCUACACGGCUGUGCCCAAGGACUACUCGUGGCUCAUGGAGCCGGGCGCUAUCCAGCGAAACAUGGAAAAGGCCAUCGAAGCACAAAAAGCUGCCAAGGCGUAGCGUAGCGGGCUUAGGUCAGUGUAUGUGUCGGUCAACUGGCGAAGCCAGACAGCUAGGUUGUGUGGCUGGCUGAGGCUUGCUUGUGCUAUCUUAGGACGACUCUGAUGGAUGAAUGGAUGCGUUGUGCAUUUCAAACAGACGCAUCCAUGGCAUAUAUGGGUUCCUUAUUCAUUCGUCUCUACUUCAUUGACAUGAAG